GGGAGGAGGGAGCCAAGCAUCAGAGCCACCAUGAUAUUACAGGGAAUGAUAUAGUCGGCGGCUGUCCAGUGAAACCUCCCUCUCGGACCUGCUUUCAACGCAAAUCCUGGGGAUUUCUCUGUGGAUCUGGAUGCUGAAUGGUGAAAGCUCGGACUCACGAUGCAGGGCAGACCGUGUAUCCUCUUGUGGUGCGCUUUGCUCCGGCUCCAGACUGCAGGGUGUUUGUCAGGAAAUCAUGAUCACUUCAAGACCAGAAGUCCGAGGAGGUUAGUUGAUGAUGGAAAGCCGGUGAAUAUCUACCACCAUGUACAGACCAUUGACAAAAGCAUGGAGCUGAGGGACGUGGAGAUGCACAGAAGCAGAAUCAGCAUGGAGCAAUCUAGACAGAAUCUAGACAGAAAUACAGACAGAACCAAACGCCAUCCUGCUAUGAUCAUCAAAUCCAGUUUUCCUCUGAUAUCAAGCGAACAACCUAUUAAUUUUGUGGCUAACAGCAACCACCAUCUGGAAAUUGAAAAUCUCCCUGUUCCUGAAGGCAAAUUAAUAUUAGUGGCAAUGCAAAUGGAUGUAAGAAAAGUGAACAUCACGUUACUUCGGAUAUUCCGUGAAGGAAUAGCAGCUGCCUUGGGCCUUUUACCACAGCAAGUACAUAUUAAUCACCUUAAUGAAAAGAAAAACUGCAUUGAGUUUUACGUAUCUUCAAUGAAUGAUAAAACUGGCAUGUUACACCCGGUUCCAUCGGAAGAAGUGAUGCAGUCACUCAAUGUAAACAUCCUGCAUCAAAGCCUCUCACAGUUUAGCAUAACACAAGUCACACCUGAGAAAAAUGUUUUACAUGGAGAACAUGGGAGGGAUGGGUUCUGGAGCAAAGAAGGUUUCUAUGCUGUUGUUAUAUUCCUCACUGUCUUUGUCAUUGUCGUUACAUGUUUACUGUUUCUCUACAGGUUGAAGGAAAAGAUUCCAUUUCAGUUCAGUCAGGAGAAACAGCAGAAUCAGCGGAUCGACCUUUCAUCUAUGCCUGUGCAGCCACCACAGCUGGAGGUUAAAACUGCUCACAGCAUGGUUCAACCUGGCCUCAGCACAGUUACAGUCAGUGUGGACUCCCCGAGUCGGCAUGUCCCAGACAUCAAGCCUUGCACUUCUUCAAGUCCCUCGCCUUUCAAAAUGAAGCCAGGUUGUCUCCAAGAAAGGAGGGGCUCGAAUGUGUCUCUUACACUGGACAUGAAUACCUUGGGAAGCGUUGAAACAUUCAGUAUUGCUCCUACACCGCGGGAGAGAAUAUCCAUGGAGUACCUGCAGUUUGCCAGCCGAACUCUCACUCGACAGCAACUGAGAGAAAUUGUGGAGAGCUCCCAGUAUCUUGAGGCUGAAUUCACGGAAAUUCCCAUGAAUUUUGUGAAUCCCAAAGAGCUGAAUAUUCCCUGCCAUGGAACUAAGAACAGAUACAAAACAAUUUUGCCAAAUCCACAUAGCAGAGUUUGUUUGAAACCAAAGAGCUCAGAUGAAUCUCUCAGUAGUACUUACAUCAAUGCCAACUAUAUUAGGGGUUACGGUGGUGAGAAGAAGGUACACAUUGCAACUCAGGGCCCUAUGAUAAAUACGGUGAACGAUUUCUGGCAGAUGGUUUGGCAGGAGGACAGUCCAGCGAUUGUAAUGAUUACUAAACUGAAAGAAAAGAAUGAGAAAUGUGUUCUAUACUGGCCAGAGAAGAGGGGCAUAUAUGGGAGGGUUGAAGUUCUUGUGAACUGUGUCGAUGAGUGGGAACAUUGCACUGUCCGGGAUCUUACUCUGAAGCAUGGGGGGAAAUGUCAAAGCGUGAAGCACUACUGGUACAAGUCCUGGCCUGACCACAAGACCCCAGAUAGUGCCCAGCCUCUACUGCAACUCAUGCUGGAUGUGGAGGAGACCAGGCAGAAGUCACCAGGCCGAGGCCCUGUCGUUGUACAUUGCAGUGCCGGGAUAGGCAGGACAGGCUGCUUUAUUGCUACCACUAUCGGAUGCCAUCAGUUGAAAAAGGAGGGGUUAGUGGAUAUCCUUAGCAUUGUUUGCCAGCUGCGGGUGGACAGAGGAGGAAUGAUCCAGACAAGUCAACAGUAUGGAUUUGUGCAUCACGCUCUGAGUCUGUAUGAGAGCAGGCUGUCAGCAGAGACUGGCCAGUGAAUCUGCGAAGUGGCACAUCUCAAACAAAACAGCUUUAAAUGCUCAGCGACAUGGGAGUAAGAUAAAUUAUCUCU